UCUUAUAUUUAUUGCGUCUGUUAAAUAGGAUGUUGAAAAAAGGGAUUCAUAAAUCAAACAGAAUGAUCGCUUUCUUUGUGGGAAUUUUGCUUCUCGUGUUUUGUACACCGGCAAACUGUGAGUCUACCUUUGAAGUGGAUGGAACAAUACUACUUUCCUUGAUAGCGCGUGUAGAAACUCUUGAAGAGAAUGACAGAGUGCAGAAGAAACAAAUAUCGACAUUGAUACGAAAUGAAAACAACCAGAAACAGGAGAUAGCCGCGCUGAAGGGAACGGUUGCUCAGAUGAAAGAGCGAAUAAGGCACUUUGAAACCAAACAUGACGAGAUGAUAUUGGCCAACGCCAGUGUGAACUCUGCUGGUGACGAAAACUUUAAUCCAUCUCCCAGAGUCUUCCCUGGUCGUUCUACAUAUAUACGCAAGGCACCUGACGACGAAAAGGCCAGACGGUUCGUCGAAAACAAGGUUGCAUUCUACGCGACCAAUUCAGCUCAUGACAUACAGCAUCUCGGCCAAAGCCAAGCCCUCGUUUUCGACGUCGUCCACACCAACCUCGGAAACGGCUACAACAACGUCAGCGGUCAUUUCAUCGCUCCUGUGCCUGGUGUGUACGCCUUCCACGUCACGAUAUGUGGGCGGGACGUUCACACUGAGAUUGACAAACAUUACUACGCGGGUAUAUACGUUAACAACGAUGUGAAAAGCUCCUUUAUUGUUACGCCUUACGAUCAGUCCUCGCAAAUGUUGGUGUCGUUGUUAAAUGCUGGUGAUGUCGUUGUCACGAGAAAUUCACGUGUAGAUGACGGCUAUAUAGGACAAACGUUUUCGUCAUUUUCUGGAUUUCUUUUGUACGAAACCGAAGGACUUCCCGUUCUCGGAUAGAAAUAUCUUUGAUUGAUAGCGUCUAUCGGAAAGAAAGUAUAUGCUUAAUAAUGUUUAUGAUAGUUUUUGAUAGAUAAUGUCUAUGAUAAUUUUAAUAGAUUACGUCAGGGAUUUAACUUACAAUCGUUGUAAUAAAGGUGCAUGGGGAAUGAUGCUGUCUCUUGUUUAUGUUUCUAUUUAAAUUGUAUAUUUAAGCUUUUGUGAUAACCAUAUUUCCAUGACACUCAAACUGUUUGUGGAGGAAAAAAGUUACAUCAACAAAGAAAACCAAACUUUACCUUCACAGCAUAG